AUAAUUGAUCUGUACUUCGUGCGGGAGCGGAAUUCCAAGAGGGAAACCAAGCUGAUCAAUAUGCUGCUCUUCAUAAAGACAACUUGCUGGAAGUGUCUAUUUGGCCGGGAAGCAGAUAAGCUGGAGCAUGCGAAUGAUGAUGAGAGGACGUACUACAUCAUUGAGAAGGAUCCGUUGGUGAAUAAAUUCAUCAGCGUACCGAAGGACAAGGGUUCCCUGAACUGUGCUACCUUCACGGCGGGAAUCAUUGAGGCUGUUCUCACAAAUUGUGGCUUUCCCUGCAAGGUGACGGCACAUUGGCACAAGGGAACGACGUACAUGGUUAAAUUUGAGGAUCAUGUUAUCGCUAGGGACAAGCAGCUUGAGGAAAAAUAAAGUCUAACAUUUAUUCAUCUCAAAUUUGCUAUUUUACAAGG